UACACGAUAAGUAUACAUUUUAUCUAAACCACCUGUUGUUGUAUCCACCGUGACAUUACGUCCAACUCAAUCAACGUGCUGGUCGACAUUGAUGGUCGAUCCUGUUGUGAAACAAUCACACUCGAAAAAAUAUCAGUAUCUACGCUGUUUUUAUACAGAAGGUAAAAACAUUAAUUUUGCACCAUCAUAUUUUUGUUCAUUUACGUUGACGAACCCAACAACACAACAAGAUAACAGAUAUCUAUUGAAAAUGACUAACAUUAAGCUACAAGUAUUAUGUUUGUUUAUGUUGACUAUUGGCAUUUCCAUAAACAAUACAAAAUGCGUAACGCAAGGAUAUUGCCACAGACAGAUUUUCCUUACCAAUCAUAUGAUUUCUAUUUUAAACGAUGAUGAAAAAUACGAACUGGUUACACAUCUCAUAACUAAAUACGAAUAUGAUGGAAUAGCGGAAUUCAUUUACCCGUCAGGUGAUGAAAUAUCGAGCGGCUUGCUUGCGAACGCUUCGAUGUAUUCAAAAAUGUACUACAAUGAAAGGGCAAUACAAAGAAAAUUGAGACAAAUUCUAGUUUUAAGGUCACAAAGAUCUCCUCAUUUUACUGGGUUACAAAGCUUGCCUCGUUUUACUGGCGAAGUUCCCUAUGACUCGGAGAGAGCGAUAAGAAGAAAUCAUUUAAAUUCAACAUUCCGUUAUAUUCUCAAUGACAGAUUGAACGAUCGAAUGUGCGUGGAAAACAACAUUAAAUGUGUAUUGGUCGGGUUAAUCAAGUUCACGCUAAAUUAUCAGUUGAAAAACAAAGCAGAAUGUAAUGAUAACGGUACUUGCAUUAUAAUUCCGUUAGUAUGGCUUAGGGACAGUGGCAACGCUGUUAGAGACUUGCCACCAGUGGAGUUAUUUCGAGAUGUCUAUGACACCACACAAGGAUAUAAAACAUUAUUCCAAUCAGAGCAAGGAGAACUCAUACCUUGGGAAAGCAAAACACAAGAAGUGCCAGGUGCAGGUCCGUCAAACGAGGAGUAAAUUUAAUUGAAUGUUUAUGUUGCUCGUAUGUUAGUUUAAAUUAUUGU